CCCCAAGAUUUUUAAAAUGUUGGGAUGUCUCAAUCUCAUCCAAAUCUAUGCCCUCCUACCCAGACAAGUAAAAAAGUUUGAAUUUUGAGGAAGCUUUUAGUUCUUCGCUUGAGUAGCUAGCUUCAUAGCUUGCGGAACAUGCAAUAAAUCACUCCUCCAUGGAAACUGUUUUUGCUUCACAAGGGUUUCUUUUGGAACGUUUAGGUCUUGACUCUUGAGUUGUGAAUAAUGUUGGCAGAAAAUAUGAAUUCGAAAAGGCAAAGGCGCCCAAAUGUUAGAUUGGGGGAAAUAGGAGAUUUUUCUGCUGCUUUCGCGUGUAACUUUUCUCAGAAAACUAAGGGAAAUUUGGGGUACAAGAGAUGGAGGCUUGAUUCUGUGAACCCAAGGGGCCGUGAACAUAAUGCCACUUGUGGGUUUCUUGAGGAAAAGCCUUGUGAAUCUUUAAUUUCUGAACGUAAUGUAUCUGCUUGGGUUUCAGAUGAUUUGCAACAGAAUAGAGAAAAUAAGAAUCCAAACUCUGUAACAUUGCCUUUUGAAUCCUUAAAUCCUGAGAAAAUUGGUAUGAAUAAGCCUAUUUUGAAUUUUGGUCCCGUAACCCGGAAAUGUAGGGUCAUGAAGCGACGGGGCCGGAGCAUUGGGGACAACAAUAACAUUUUUGGUAGUUUUUGGAGCUCUAAACUCAUCCCUGAAUUCAUUGACAACAAUGGGAGACAUUUUAGUGAAAAGGAGUUUUCUGGCUUCAUGUUGGAAGCAUGUAAUGAUAAUGAUUUCUCUAUUUAUCGUAAGGAUAUAUCAGAUCAUGAAACACCAGUCAUGAGCAAAGAGGCUAGUGAAUAUGACAUUGGUGAAAUCAAUCAUGACUUGGGGCAACAAUGCAUUGCAAAUGAUGCUUGGAAGGAUGAUGCUUGUUGUGAAGGGAACAACUCUAGUGGCAAAUGGGAUGAGAUGGGACUUAGAGUUGGUGAUGCAGAUGGUGUUAGUAGAUGGUUGGAGCAGCUUGGGUUUGGCAAGUAUGCCGGUGUGUUUAAAAUGCAUGAGGUGGAUGAAGAAGUUUUGCCGCUGCUCACUCUUGAUGAUCUCAAGGAGAUGGGUGUAUUUGCUGUCGGGCCUUGAAGGAAAUUAUAUGCUGCAAUAAAGCAACUUAGAGAAGGAAGUAGUUCUGCUUGAAUGGAAAUGUAUGUAAUCUUUCUCUUCCUGUCUUACCAGGUUUUUUGUGAGGCAAAUAAUUGCACAUGUAUGUAUGUCUGUAAAUCUUUACUACUUUUUCGCAUUCUGUCCUCUUUCCGUUGCUAGUUCUUUUAAUGAGAUUGGAUUAUCCUUUUAGAGAAUAUGUUCUAAAUCUUUUCA